CAGGUGAGUCUAAAACGUGAUAUUGCAUACAAUGGAAUGAUUGUUCUGUAUAACUAUAUAAACCUACUCAUUCUUCUUUAUUCUGUCAAAAGAUACGUGGCUCUGAUACAGAAAGUUAACCGUCUUACAGCGAGUAUGUGGGCUGUUCUGGUUCUUGCCUUGUUGUCUUCCAUGGCUUAUCUGCCCGAGAAUGAAGCACGCCCCUCCCGUUUAAUCUAUUCACAUGGAGGCUCAUAUCACGAUCCUGAGCACCACUCGAACAGUGCUGAUCAUGAUAUUGACGCCUCUUAUCAUAACCACAGAUCGUCACAUGGCCACGGACACCACUCCCAUGGACCUAACAUUCAUGAUGACGCAUCGUACAGUGGUUUCCGAUCUUCUUCACAAAACAAUUAUGGCAUCGUUUCUGGGUACGGCAGAUGUUAGACAGUCCGCCGCUACUACAGAGUAGAUGAACAUUGCAAUGUUUUGUUUUUAGACUAAUAUAUUAUAUAUAUUUGCAUGAUUAA